AUCGCCUCGAACCCAAACGAUCACUUCCCCUUCCCCCAAAAACAAACAAACAAACCCAACCCAAUUACCCAACCAAAAGUAACGGAAAAAAAACUAGCCAAACAAGGACUUAAUUACAGUAACCUAAAAUCAAGGUUCAGUUAGUCCGAAUCCAAUUCCAACAUAAAGAAACUCUGUCACGCCCUCCAUUCAAUCAAACUUCUCCGGCAAUUCUUCAAUGGAGGGUUGGGAUCCGAAUACGAAAUCAACCCUAACUCAAAUCCCUUUGUUAACAAUCAAAGCCGGUCCACGUGACGGCGCAGCAUGGACACAGAGAUUGAAGGAAGAGUACAAAGCCCUAAUUGCAUACACAUCGAUGAACAAAUCGAAGGAUAAUGAUUGGUUCCGUAUAUCUGCUGCUAAUCCUGAAGGGACACGUUGGAAAGGGAAGUGUUGGUAUGUACAUAAUCUGCUUAAGUAUGAGUUUGAUUUGCAGUUUGAUGUGCCGGUUACGUAUCCGUCAACUGCUCCUGAACUUGAGUUGCCUGAACUUGAUGGGAAGACGGAAAAGAUGUACAGGGGAGGGAAAAUAUGCUUGACAGUGCAUUUCAAGCCGCUAUGGGCGAAGAAUUGCCCCAGAUUUGGCAUUGCACAUGCGCUCUGUUUGGGUCUUGCACCAUGGCUUGCUGCAGAGAUUCCUGUUCUUGUUGAUUCUGGCAUGAUUAAACACAAAGAUGAUGUGGCCACAUCCAGUGAAUCUUGACAAGGAGAUGAGAUUUUAGCAUGAUGAAACCUAAUCAAAAGAUACAACUGUAAACUUGAUGGAGUUAUUUGAAAGUGUAAUUUUCCCCUCAAAUUCGUCAUAAAUAAUAUCGAGGAAUUAAAGUUUCAUGUUAUCUAAGCCAGGUGAACUCGGCACUUUGAGAUGCUACCGUCGUAGCUGCUAAUUUAUUCGAACCUGUGCUUUAUGCCCUCAAA